GUGUCAAGAUGUCAAAAGCAGCGUCGUUUGCUGAACGAUGGGCACGCGGCAACUUGACCCGGCAGGCAUCUCAGGGGGAGCUGGCGGUGCUCAACCUGUUCCUGUCUACCUGUAGUGGCGAUGACAUGGAGGCUGCCAAACGAGCAAGACGAUACUAUCAGGCGAGAGGAGCGGGCGGGAUGCAGUUGUGGCACGAGAGACAACCUGACGACGAAGAUAUAUUGUCCAACUGUCAGGACGUAUACAUCGUACCCCUGCGGGCUAAAAGCGUUGGUGGUAGACGUCUUACCAUGAUUCGUCUGCCAGCCCCCACAGCAAUGGACAAGCCACUGUCAGUAAAAGCCUUCAUCUCUAGGUGGCUCAUGAUACUGGACAUACGGCUUAAGGAAGAUCCGACUCCAGGAGAAGAAAUAGUCUUCGUUGACGUUCGUAAUCUACGUCCUUCACUCAUGAAAAACUACUACAAAAGCUCCUAUUGGAAAGACUUCGCUCGAUGCUUAAAGGCUACCUAUCCAAUGAAGUUCAGCGAGGUUCACGUGAUCAAUGCGCAACGGUUGAAGUUCAUGUCAUUAUUUAUGCUUUGUAUAGGUCUGUAUCCAUGGAGUCGCAAAUUAAUCACUUGCCACUCCAAAGUUGGAGAUAUCAACCAAGCCUUGGGACUGGACUACUUCCCAACGGAUGGAUUGCCUUUCGAAUAUGGAGGGAAGGCUGGCGCUAUGAAGGAUCUGAACGAUGAAUGGACGAAGAAACUGCUCUCCAACUCCAAAUGGCUGCAAGCCGAAGCAAGGAGGUUCUACAAGACUGAACUGAAGCCAGGGCCUUACACGAAGACUCGACACAGGAACGCAGUUCAACUGCGAUUCAGCAACAGUUCAUACGAUAUGAUAACAAGGACACACUCCUGCAAAUCCUUAUAUUGCAAUGACGACUUUGAUGAAGGCACUCACGGCGCUUACAGGACAAUAAAAGUGCAUACCAGUUGUAAAGCUUGUGCUUGA